AUGAGCGUGAAACCGAAAAUCGUGAGUGAGCUUCACCAUUCUGCACCUCCAUCUCCACCAGCUGCAACCAGUUCUCAGCCGCAACCACUGCAACCGCAACCAACCCUCGAAGCCGUGCGUGAGGGCCGAGAGGAAGAAAGAAAUUCCAGACUUCUUGUGUGUAGGCUUAGCUUGUAUCUGAGGGAAUGGCUUGAGAGUCAAAACGAGGGCUCAGUUCUGUACGUUGCAUUAGGAAGUGAGGUGUCACUGAGUCAAAAAGAUGUCACCGAGUUAGCACUCGGGUUGGAGUUACCCGAGGUACCCUUUUUCUGGGUCCUGAGGAAGCUAUCUGAGUCAUUUCAGGUGCCAGAUGGGUUUGAGGAGAGAGUCAAAGGAAGAGGGAAUGUGUGGAAGGGUUGGGCACCACAGUUGAACAUACCGAAUCAUGAAUCGGUGGGUGGGUUCUUGACUCACUGUGGCUGGAGUUCAUGUAUAGAGGAACUCAUGUUUGGUCACCCACUGAUUAUGCCCUCUUUUUUGGUGGACCAAGGGUUAAAUGCCAGGGUUAUGGAAGAUAGGAAUGUUGGAAUUGAAAUACCAAGAAAUGAUCCAGACAGGUCUUACACGAGAGACUUAGUGGCUCAGUGUGUCAGACUGAUUAUGGUUGAAAAUGAAGGCAAAAUGUUUGGGGAAAAAGCUAAAGAAAUGAGUGGAAUAUUCAGAGAUAGAGAAUUGAAUGAUGGUUACGUUGGAAACUUCAUAGAUUAUCUGGAGAACAAUAGACACAAUUGUUAG